CACAAACGGAGGCAUUAUGUAAAAACAAAAUACCCAAAGAGACAAGAUGCAGGUUGUUCUAAACCCUAACCUCCGACCUCCUGUUCAAACUCCAACUCUUCUUGUAUCAUCUUCUGCACCUGUCUGGUCUCCCCCUAAUCGGGUCAAGGCUCCGACCCGAUACCCAGAUAGCAGCCGUAAUAAAUGGGCCCUUUUGCAGCUUAGCCUCAAGUGCACCUCUCGCUUCUCUUGCUUCUUCUCUCAAAAUGGCUCCAAACAGGACCAGGCAAGGAAAGCAUUAGAAAGUGCACUUGGCGGUAAAAAGACCGAGUUUGAGAAAUGGAACAAAGAAAUCAAAAAAAGAGAAUCAGCAGGGGGCGGAGGUAGUUCAGGUGGAGGGGGUUGGUUUAGAUGGUUUGGAGGAUCUGAUGAUGACCAUUACUGGCAUGAAGCACAGCAAAUAAGUCUCACUCUCUUUGGAAUUGUUGCUAUGUAUAUGAUAAUUGCAAAAGGAGAUGUGAUGCUAGCUGUCUUCUUCAACGCCUUACUGACUGCUAUAAGGGCUACCAAAAACUCGUUUACAUUUGCAACAACAAAGAUUCUUAAAACAGUAUCUCCAUCUACUUUAGCUAAGUUAGAAAGUCUUCCUAAGGAAGAAGUCAGUGCUCCCGUGUCUGCUAAAGAAAGUGUCUUGAGAAAAUGGGCAAGUAAUUGAUCUAGUCAGUAGGUUUGAAACACAUCACUACAUCUAGUUCCUAUUUAGCUCUGGCUGGCUGUUUUCAGUGUAGAUAUUUAUCUAUAAAAAGGCCAGAAGUGAUAGAAUUUGUAAAACCGUGUUUUUGUUUACAAAUAGAACAGCCUGCUCAGUUUAUUUUUUUAUUGCAACGAACUCAAAUAUUUGAAAGAAAAUUUUGCAAGUGUUUGUGUAAUCAAGUACCUGCGCAUGUUGGUUAAUGUAUCCAACCAAGUGCUUACCCUCUGCC